AUGUCCCUCUUCAGAAUUGGAGGUGCUGGCCUGAGGGUCGGCAGAAUUUCUGCUCCUAUCAAUGCCCGCUUCAUCUCCAAUGUCCCCAAGGCGGGCUCCGUGAAGACCAGCACCUCAGAUGCUCCCGGCACACCAAACAAGGCCAGCUCCUUGAUCAGCAAGGAAACUCCAUCUGAGGCCAUGACCCGUCACCAGCCAGACUAUGAGGCCACCAUUGACCACGGCACCUCGCAAUUUUCCCCGGUGCCCAAGCGCGUCAUGGAUGGCAGUGAGCCUGGCGACUCUCUCCCCGGCGCCGUUCUCUCCGGUGCCCCUACCGAUCUCCAGGCCCGCACUGUCCGGAUCUACCGCCCUGCCAAGCCCGCAACACAGUCCGGUACCUGGCACCAGCACCACUGGCGUAUGGACUGGGACAUCUUGCAGCGGGGUCACCGUUGGGAGAAUCCCCUCAUGGGCUGGCAAUCGUCUGCCGAUGCUAUGCAGGGCACCAACAUCAAAUUCAAGACCAAGGAGGAUGCCAUUGCUUUCGCCCAGAAGCAGGGCUACGAAUACUUUGUCCAGGAGCCGAACGAGCGCCGUUUUGUGCCCAAGGCCUACGCGAACAACUUCCUUCACGAACCCAAGAAGAUCAAGCAUAUCAAGACCAAAUGA